UCUCCGGCGCGACACUGCGGGAAGCCUGGAACCCUGGCUCAGACAUGGAGAGUCCAGUCUCCACGGCGCACUGCCCGGUGCGACAGCAGCGUGCUCGUUGGGAACGGAAACGUGUCUGCACCGCUCGGGAGCUGCUGGAGACCGAGCGUCGCUACCAAGAACAACUGGGCCUUGUGGCCACGUACUUCCUGGGGAUCCUGAAAGCCAAGGGGACACUACGACCACCAGAGCGCCAGGCCCUGUUUGGGAACUGGGAGCGUAUCUAUGCCGCCAGCCUAGAGCUGCUUCCCUACUUGGAAGAAGGGCACUGGGGACCGGGGCUAGAGGGCUUCUGCUCCCACCUGGAGCUCUACACCCAGUUUGCUGCCAAUGCUGAGAGUUCUCAGGCCAUCCUUCAGACGCAACUGAAGAAGAAUAAACGUUUUCGGAGGUUCGUGCAGCUUCAGGAAGGCCGCCCUGAAUUUAGGGGUCUUCAACUCCAGGACCUGCUCCCUCUGCCUCUGCAGCGGCUCCAGCAGUACGAGAAUCUCGUCGUGGCCUUGGCGGAAAACACAGUUCCCAACAGCCCUGACUACCAACAGCUCACACGGGCUGCCCGCCUGGUGAGCGAGACUGCCCAGAGAGUCCACGCCAUUGGCCAGAGCCAGAAGAAUGACCAGCACCUCCUCCGUGUCCAGGCUCUACUCAGUGGACGCAAGGCAAAAGGGCUUACCUCAGGGCGAUGGUUCCUGCGACAGGGCUGGCUUUUAGUGGUGCCUCCCAAUGGGGAGCCCCGGCCCCGCAUGUUCUUCCUCUUCUCUGAUGUGCUCCUCAUGGCCAAGCCUCGACCCCCACUGCACCUGCUGAAGAGUGGCACCUUUGUCUGCAGGGCCCUGUACCCUAUGUCCCAGUGCCAACUUAACAGGGUCUUCGGCCAUUCAGGAGGAACUUGUGGUGGUCUGCUCAGUCUGUCCUUCCCCCAUGGGAAGCUACUGCUCAUGUCCACUGACCAUGAGGAGCUGUCACGAUGGUACCACAGCCUGACCGUGGCCAUCAGAAGUCAGAAGAGCUAGAAGUGUCCAGCCCUAUUGCAACACGAUGCUGUCAUCUACAAAUGUGCUAUCCUGGCAUAUAUGUGGCAGCUGGGCAUGUCUAAGAAGAAUCUUAAAAUUCCAGAACUCAGGAUACUCAGGGAUAGGGCAGAGCCAAGAACAAAAGGGAAUUGAGUUCAACACUGGAACCACAGGGCUCUCCAUGGGCUGACGCGGGCCAUUUAACUAGUUUAUCAAAGCAAGCUGGCAGUGGUGGCGCACGCCUUUAAUCUCAGUGCUUGGGAGGCAGAGACAGGCUGAUCUCUGAGUUCUAGGCCAGCACUGUCUACAGAGCGAAUUCUAGGACAUCCAAGGCUACAUAAGAGAAACCCUGUUUUGUUUUAAAAAACAAAACAAGAAUCAGAAAGCAGGCUUGAACCUAGCUGAGCCCCAGCUGAUCCAGCUCCUUUGACACCAUGCCAUGGGGGAGCCUCGCUGCCUAUUCAAUCUGUAGCUUUUUAUAGGAGGCCCUUUUUGUUAUCGAUGGUUUCUUAUUUUUGAGACAGGGUCUUGCUAUGUGACCCAGGCUGAUGUGAACUUGAAUUCCUCCUGCCUCAGCCUUUCAAGUGUUGGUUUGCCAGGUGUAUGCUGCCACACCUAGCUACUGUAUAGUUUCUUGAGACAAGAUUUCGCGUAGCCCAAGCUGGCCUUGAACUCCAGAUCUUCCUGAACUACCUCCUAUGUUUUAAAAGUCCUAUAAUUUAUUUCCCUGCUGGAUUUUAAUAAAGUGCUGUUUUGUUGUU